AUGAAUAGUCACAUCAACGGACUCAGAAGAAAGUAUUGUGAGUCCGAUGACAAGUUACACUCAACCGGCACUGGUAUCAUGCCAGAGGAUGAAGCGCAGAAUUUGCACGCGCAAAUUUUGAAGGAAUUCCCCUGGUAUGAUGAACUCAUUGACAUCAUGGGGGGGAAUCCAGCAAUAUCCCUCAAGACAGUCUUGUCACACCUGGGAAUAGACCACGCAGCAAAAUAUUUCUCCAUCUCACGUACCGCCGGCAGCUCGUAUUCCAACAGUCUGGGCUCUGGGAGCGCUCAGUUUGGCGCCCAGCCUUUCUCUCCUCAGCUUCCUCCCGCUGGCGCUCAGCCAUACUCUCCUCAGCUUCCCCCCUCAGCUUCUCAGCCUUACCCGCCCUCUUACCCUCAACCUUACCCGCCCUCUUACCCUCAACCUUACCCGCCCUCUUACCCUCAACCUUACCCGCCCUCUGGCGCUCAACCUUACCCGCCCUCUGACCCUCAACCUUACCCGCCCUCAGGCGCUCAACCUUAUGCACCCAUGGGCGCUCAGCCCCACGGCAGUCAAUACGCGUUUGGCCAUGCCCCUCAUAGCCAAUCUACCAAAGCCAACUCCCCCCCGCGACGUGAUUACCGCGACGACCCCUCACGCUAUUAUUCUCGACAGUCCGCCGAGAUGUCUCACCCGGACAGUCGUGCAUCCUUCGGGAUGUCCAAUCCGCAACGGCGCCCUAGCACGGGGUCGGUCAAAGCGUCCUCUCGCCGCUCUUCAGGCUCUUCGUGCUCGAAGCCUGCAUCGGCGUCGUCAGCACCUGCAUCAAUGUCAAUGAUGUCACCAGCCAAUUCCGCAUCAGCAUCCACAGGAAAAACGAGGCAGGGGAAGAAGCAGCGGUCUGACCUUCAGAGUCAGGUUGAUGCACUCUCUGAUGAGAUCGAGAGUGCGCAGUCGGACCAUGUCACUCGGGACGAACUCAAGAACGAGCGGUACAUGGCCAAGUACAACUUUGCGCGCCAAGUCAACAAACACAAAUUCCUCAAAGCCGAACGUGCAGAUACUUUCGCCGAAGCUGCCACUGCGCAUCAACGUGCCCUGGAGGCCAAGGAGUCCGAGAUUCGUCUUUGA